CGCACCGGCGCAACAGGUUCGACGUUUGUUUACCUUUCGCAUAAUAUUAAGUUAUCUUUAAUUCAAAGUAUUCUGCUAAUAGUUGCUCAUUAAUAAGGUCUAAAUCCAAAGUUCAUUUUGAGAUUACUUUCAAGACAAUAAAAUGAUGAGUUCAAAGUUCUUGCGUCUGAAACUCCGAACCGCCGGAAUCAGCAGGUAUAUGUCCACAGCAAUAAAACUAACUGCCAUUGAUGUUAACGACAAGACUGGAAUUGCGACGCUUUCUUUAAACCGGCCGCCGAUAAAUGCGCUCAAUUUGGAAUUUCUUCGGGAUCUUCAUCAAUCAAUUCAGGAAAUUGAGAAUAAUAAAAGCCGUGGUCUCAUACUAACAUCUGGAAACGCGAGAGUAUUCUCGGCGGGAUUGGAUAUAAACGAAAUGUAUAAGCCGGACAAGGAGCGAGCUCGACUGCUUUGGAUAACUCUGCAGGAUGUUUGGGCGUCCCUCUAUGGCAGCAAGUUUCCAACUGCAGCUGCUAUUAAUGGUCAUGCUCCUGCUGGAGGUUGUUUACUGGCCACGUCGUGCGAGUAUCGCGUUAUGCUGCCCAAAUUCUCAAUUGGCUUAAACGAACCCAUGCUUGGCAUUGUGCAACCAAUAUUUUGUAUGUUCAAUUUUGUAAAUGUGCUGCCCCGACGACUGGCUGAGCGUUCAUUAAAUCAAGGAAAGAUUUUCAAUACAGAGGAAGCCUUGCAGAUUGGCCUAGUCGACGAUGUGGCCAACAGCAAGGAGGAGGCCUUGACCAAGUGUGCCGAGUUUAUUGGCUCCUUUGACAAAAUCAAUCCUUCGGCACGUUCACAAAGCAAGCUGCAGUUUAGGGCUGCCGAUUUACAACAAUUUGAAAAGGAGCGUGGCAAGGAUUUGGAAACAUUCGUGUCGUUUAUUAACAGUCCAAAGAUGCAAGAAGAACUUGGUGUAUACCUCGAGAAUCUUGGCAAAAAGGCUGCGAAGUAAAUGUCCGUUGUUGUCUGUGCCUGGAAUCUGCAUUAUUGUAAUGUAUUUUAUUUAAAAAUUACAUUUUGAUUUAAUGCAUUUAAAUUGAUA